CACUGACGCCUCGAUAAGCAACGGACGCUUUUCCGAUUUUCCCAGCCAGGUGGAAAGCUGCGCCAGCUGCUUCAGCCAAACAAAUACCAAAUUCGUCGCGAAACUCCGAGCCAAGUAAAAGUGAAGUUCUGAAUUUGUGUGUGACUUUUUGUGGCGCGCUCAUUAAACAUUUGGUACAUUUUGUAAACAUAUGUGAGAACAUUUUUAAUCAGGCCAAUCAGCAGGAACAGAAACAGGAAGUAAAGUGAAGAGGUUUCAAAGAUGCGUCGUCAGCAGACAAGAUAUCGCAGCGAUUCCAUCGCCAGUCCAUCGGGCACACGAAAGCCCUCCAUUUCGGUGGCCAAUCCAUCGCCAUUGGUGGUCAGUAGUGGAUCGCCACCGGCUCGUCGGGAGUCCCUGGUGAAGCCCACCUGGCAGCACAUCACCCCGGGCCAGCUGCCACCCAAAACGCUGGACAAGAUCAAUGGCAUUGCCUCCGAUGAUUCCGACGAUGAUGGCUAUCCGAAGAGGCGGCCCAGUGUGAUUGUCCACCAGCGACAGCAGUCCAUCUCCCAGCAGCCCCUGCUGCCCGAAUACAUGACCUCGGCCUCCAUUUUCCGGGAUCAAACUCCACAGACAUCAGUGCAAUCCCAAUCCCAAUCGCAAUCGCAAUCACACCAUCUGCCAUCUGGCAAUGGUUUUAUGGCCCGUUUGAAUAGCGUGAGAUUGGCAGCUGGAGCAGAACAGCAGCCCCUAUUGGAUUCCGGAGGAGCAGGGGGAGGAGCAGGGGGCGGAGGAGGAGGAGGAACUGCUGUGGCCAGGCCAUCUAUUGCACCUGCUCCGGGACCUGGAAACGAGGGAGCCGGCGCCACGCUCUGCAAGAACGCCGGACGAGCACUCAUCCGCAUGAUUUCCUCCAACAAUCCGCCGGAGGAGGAGGACGAUUUCGAUAUCAUGGGCAAGGUCAUAAUGCUGGGCGAUUCGGGAGUGGGCAAGACCUCACUUUUGAUCCGCUUCCGCGAUGGUCGCUAUGUGCCGAGCUAUUUCCUCAGCACGGUCGGCAUUGAUUUUAGGAACAAAGUGGUGGUCGUCGAUGGGACGCGCGUCAAGCUGCAAAUCUGGGACACAGCCGGUCAGGAGCGAUUCCGUAGCGUUACCCACGCCUACUACCGCGACGCCCAUGCUCUGCUGCUGCUGUACGACGUGACCAACAAGACCACCUACGACAACAUACGCGCCUGGCUGGGCGAAAUCCGGGAGUACGCGCAGGAGGACGUGGUCAUCGUUUUAAUAGGAAACAAGGCCGACUGCAGCGGCAGCGAGCGGCAGGUGAAGCGGGAGGAUGGCGAGCGUUUGGGCAGGGAGCACAACGUGCCCUUCAUGGAGACCUCGGCCAAGACGGGACUCAAUGUGGAGCUGUCCUUCACAGCGGUGGCCAGGCAGCUGAAGAGUCGCGGCUACGAACACGGCGAUGAUGGAAAGUUCAAUGUGCAUGAUUUUGUGCGUGACAAUACAAAGGCGCGCUCCGUUUGUGCCCAGUGCAGAAAUAUGUAAUACGUUAUCGUGUAAUUGGCCUGGUCGCGACUAACAAAAGCCAUAUUCUCCCGAUCCCGAUCCCGAUUCCGAUUCCGCGAACAAAGACAACAAUAAACCGGCAGUCAGACUAAGGGGAAGUGGAAACUCUGAAGGAUACGGAUAAGGCAGAGUCGAACUUCUGCAUUUAUUAUUGAAGAAAAAAUCACACAAAGACACUCGACAAGAUGGCACCAAUUUUGUAAGAACCUAGAGCGGAGGUAGAGGUAGAGUACUCGGUAUGUUUUGUAUGUAAAUGGGAAUUUCGGGGCGGAACGGGACGCGAUGCGCAUAAUUUUUUUAGGGCAGGCCAAAGUAGGCCAAAACCAAUGCAUAAAUAUUGAACAAUAUAUAUAUAUAUACAAAUAUCCAUAUACAACAACUGCAUAAAUUACUUUAACGAGAGAGAGAGAGAAGAGGAACCGCAGCAAAAUCAUGCGACAUUGAGAUUUAUCCAGCACGCCGUUGGACUUCGCUGAGGAUCGUCUAUAUAUACCUACCUAUGAAAAACCAAGAGGAAAUCCCGAGGAGUACCAAGCCCAAUUAAUGAGAAACAAUCACUCAAUUUACCUACUAAUAAUUUUAUUGUUUUACUCCUAAUUGUUAAGUGUUAUAUGGCCUAUCGUUAAGUUUUAGACCCACUCGAGUCUCGAGGCCCCUGGAAAUUAUUUACACACACCCCACUAAUGAAUACCCUACGCAACUAAGUUAAUUACUACGACAUAUGUCGUCUUAUCUAUUGUAAGUCCCAUACCCAAAACCCAUUCGAAACUAUUUUGAAAAGCGCGCCAAGGCAAAAAGUUUACGGAUAAUUAAAGGCAGUUGAACCUAUGUAAUACUAUACUGAGCUACUACAGCAAAAGAAAAGGGAAAAGAAUCCGACGCAUGCAUAUAUCACGGGAAUGGAUGAAAACUAGCUACUAAACAGCGUAAUAUUCAAGCAGACGUCAAGUCUUUACCAUAAACAGCAAAUACAUAUUUACAUUGAAUGUGGUUUAAAAAAACGAA